AUGACGUCCCUGGGCGACGACUUGCUUGUUACCGUGAACAAGCUGCAGGAUUUGGUGUUUAAUACCAUUGGGAAUGAUUCCUUGGAUUUGCCACAGAUUGUAGUUGUCGGUUCGCAAUCGUCCGGGAAGUCCUCGGUGCUUGAAAACAUCGUUGGGAGAGACUUUCUACCUCGAGGGAGCGGCAUUGUUACUCGGCGGCCUUUGAUUCUCCAGCUUAUCAACGUACCUAGCGAUAGUGACGAUGAAGAUGAUGAUGAUGAGAGGAACGCCCCUCACACGGCUGCUAGCGUGGAAGCACACGGGGAAUGGGGAGAAUUCCACCACCAGCCCGGCCGUAAAUAUACCGACUUCGCGCACAUAAAGCAGGAAAUCGAGAAUGAAACCGCUAGGAUAGCCGGGAAUAAUAAGGGAAUCAACCGACAGCCGAUAAACCUGAAGAUCUUUUCGCCGCAUGUGCUUAAUUUGACGCUGGUGGAUCUUCCUGGCUUGACCAAGGUGCCUAUCGGCGACCAGCCGUCUGACAUCGAGAAGCAAACACGCACGUUGAUUUCUGAAUAUAUCGCCAAGCCAAACAGUAUCAUUCUUGCCGUCUCUCCCGCGAACGUCGACAUUGUGAACUCCGAGGCCCUGAAGCUUGCUCGUCAUGUCGAUCCGGUGGGGAAGCGAACGAUUGGUGUGCUCACCAAACUGGAUCUUAUGGACCACGGAACCAACGCAAUGGAUAUCCUCACUGGACGAGUCUACCCAUUAAAACUAGGUUUCAUUGGUGUAGUCAAUCGUUCUCAGCAGGAUAUUCAGGCUGGAAAGUCCCUGGGAGAAGCUCUGAAGUCGGAAGCCGAGUUCUUCAGACACCAUCCAGCUUACCGAAAUAUGGCCAAUCGAUGCGGAACCCAAUUCCUCGCAAAGAGCUUGAACACAACUCUAAUGUCACAUAUCCGUGACCGACUACCAGAUAUUAAGGCUCGCCUUAAUACUUUGAUGGGCCAAACCCAACAGGAGCUAGCCAGCUACGGAAACAAGCAAUUUAGUGGACGAGAGCACCGCGGAUCCUUGAUACUACAGCUCAUGACGCGCUUCGCUUCUUCCUUCAUAUCGUCUAUUGACGGAACGUCUUCUGAGAUAUCGACGAAGGAGCUAUGCGGAGGUGCAAGGAUUUAUUAUAUUUUUAAUUCAGUGUUUGGAAACUCCCUAGAAACCAUCGAUCCUACCCACAACCUUUCCGUUCUCGAUAUUAGAACCGCCAUCCGCAACUCUACCGGCCCUCGACCCAGUCUUUUCGUUCCAGAGCUUGCGUUCGACUUGCUUGUGAAACCGCAGAUAAAACUCCUUGAGAUACCCAGUCAGCGCUGCGUUGAGCUUGUUUAUGAAGAACUUAUCAAGAUAUGCCAUACCUGCGGCUCGACUGAACUUUCUCGAUUCCCAAGGCUGCAGGCAAAGCUGAUCGAAGUUGUUUCCGACCUUCUUAGAGAGCGUCUAGGGCCUUGCUCAAAUUAUGUGGAGUCUCUCAUUUCUAUUCAGCGCGCAUAUAUCAAUACCAAUCACCCCAACUUCCUUGGCGCAGCUGCUGCCAUGUCGUCUGUCAUUCAAAGCAAGCAGGAGAAAGAAAAGAAAGCUGCUCUUGCUGAUGAGAAGCGGAAAAGAGAUAGGCGGCGAUUGAAGGAGCUAGGAGCUGCAAACGGAGUGGCUACGCCCGACGAAGAAGAGGAGCAUGCAGAUGAGAAGCAACAGGGCCUUCCAGUGAGAGGUCACUCGAAGGUGGCCAGAACCCACUCCCCACAUCCCGGCCGCAACCCUGAAUCCAUAUCCUCUGCCGUAAACGGCUUCCAGUCAUCCUCCCCACCACGGUUAGGAAGCCAGCACGGAAAUGCCAAGGACUCUUUCUUGAACUAUUUCUUCGGCAAGGACGGCCUACCGGGUAGUGCUCCUCCACCAACAUCAUCUAGCCUUUCACGUCAUGUCAGCCACUCGAUGGAGCCAAGUUUCAGCCAGAGCUUCCGUCGAAACGAAGUCCGAUCUCCAUCCACAGCACACUAUCCUACGCAGCACGAGGAAUACGCUCCAUCUGAAUAUGGCGAUAUGACUUUAGCUAACGACAAUGCCGAACCAGUCCUCACAGACCGCGAGGCUCUAGAGACAGAACUCAUCCGCCGCCUAAUCUCAUCCUACUUCAACAUUGUCCGCGAAACAAUAGCCGACCAGGUACCGAAGGCCAUCAUGCACCUUCUCGUCAACCACAGCAAAGAAGUGGUUCAAAAUCGCCUAGUCAGCGAACUUUACCGGGAAGACCUCUUCCCUGAACUCCUUUAUGAAGACGAUGGCAUCAAGGCUGAACGCGAGAAGUGCGAGAAGCUACUCGACACCUAUAAAGAGGCCGCGAAGAUCGUGGGCGAAGUUUUGUAA